AUGGAGGAACCAGAGGUAAAGUCAUACCUUGAAGGAAAUGGUGUUAAUUGGAAGUUCAUUACACCGCGAGCCCCCUGGUCUGGAGGCUUUUAUGAACGCCUUGUUGGUGUUCUAAAGGGAUGUUUGUCCAAGGCCUUGUAUCACAAACGUGUAUCCUUUGAAGAGUUGAGAACUCUACUUGUUGAGUUUCAAGCUGUGAUAAAUUAUCGACCACUGACUUAUCUCUCCUCUGAUCGAGAUUGUGAGGCUUUGACUCCCUCCAUGUUACUUUAUGGGCGAAAUGUUUGUAUUUCCCCUCUUCUUAACAAUUUAGCAACUGAUGACCCAGAUUUCAUGAGUUCAAGUGAUCUUAGAGCACAAUAUUUUAGAUUAUCAUCAGUGCUAAGGAAAUUUGAGAACUCUUGGAAAAGAGACUAUUUAGUGUCCUUGAGAGAGAGACAUAAUAAUUCUAGUAAUAAUCUCUCUGCAAAUGUGAAAGUUGGGGACAUAGUGAUGGUAGACUUAGAUCAUAUCUGGGGAAAGGCUAUAGAUCCCUCCUCUCAUUGGGUAAGGUUACCCAGCUGUUCCCGUCGUCUGAUGGCGUGA